AAAUGGUGCAUUAUUACUGUUUUCGUGCAAAUUUUUAAAAUGCAAAACACAAUCAUGGAAUCAGCCGAUACCGAAGACCCGCUGUUUCCAAGCAGUUGUGCACUAUGCCAGAGGCUCUUUAAACUGGACCGCGGUUUGAAACCCAAAUUACUUCCAUGUUUGCAUACUUUCUGUGACGAGUGCAUCAAAUUACAAUGUAAAGAAGAACGUUUCACGUGUCCAUUGGAUUCUCAAGAAUGCCGAAAUGUACAAGGUGUGAUGGACCAGUACUUCGUGCUCGAAAAACUGAGUCGAGACGAGUUGACUAUUGAUCAAUCUAACAACUCGUGUGAGGGCUGCGUAGCUGACGAAAAUGGCCGUGAACAAUUGAAACCGUCAGCUACAGGCUUCUGCAAGCAAUGUUCGGACUGGCUUUGUGACUCCUGUAUCGCUGCGCAUCGAAAAGUCAGAGUUACCAAAGACCACGAGAUUUUGUCUCACGACGAGUACAAAGCUAACACAUCCAGUGAGUGCGGAAAAUGGCGAUUCUGUGAGGAUCAUCCGAAUCAAAUGAUUUGCCUGUUCUGUGAACCUUGUCAGAUACUAACUUGCCGAAGUUGCCACUCCGAUUCCAAACAUUUAAACCACCAGUGUCAGUUCCUCAAUCUGAAAGCAUCAGUAGAGAAAUCAACGUUCGUCAGAUUGACAGAAGAGGUUUCGAGCAAACAGGAAGGCGUAAAGAAACAACACGUUGAACUGUCUCGUCAUAAGACCAAUGUUAAAGUUGUCCAGCAGACUGUCUCUGAUCAAAUCGAGUCUUGUUUUCGGGACAUUUAUCGGAAGUUAGACGCUCGAAAAAACGAAUUGCUUCAAGCAGUGGUUUCACAAUGCAACGAAGCCGAAAAGAGGAUCGAGAUCCAAAGUGAACGCCUGACUAAAGUGCAAAAUAUCAUGCGAUUUGCAGUUCUGUUCGCGCAACGUGCGGUCGCAUUGGAGGAAGCAUUUCCCCUGAUGAAAUCCAGAAUAGCUGUUUUAUCACAGCUUAAGAAUUUGACCAAAAUACCUCUAGAGAGCUUGACUGUUGAACAAGUUGAUAUCAAGUUCUCAUCAGACGGAAAUUGCGUGGAUUCGUUCUUGAAGUCUCUGGGUACUCUUGUAGAUGCUGGAAAAGUGCAAAAUGCUGAACAAAAGCAAAUGAGGGCUAAAGAUACGGGUUCAACAAACAGACAGCAAUUUUUUUCGCAAAAUGUCAAAAAAGAUUCCGAUAGUGAAGGUAGUAUGGUGACUCAGAAUAGCUCGAUGUCUCCCAUAAGCUCGGUUUCCAUGAGCAGAGGCCGAGGAAAACCUAGAGGUUCUGUAAACAACCGAGGCAAUCGAAUGAUAUUAAAAACAGGGCCAAGCCGAGGUAGACCGCCAAAGAUCUCUUUACCAACCGGUGCUCGUGGAAGAAAACGAGCAGUUGUUCCUAGAAAGAGAACGGUAAAACAAGAAGUUGAAAGACAUCACAGGACGCCAAAUAUUGUGCAAGCACCAGUCAAUUAUUCCCCAAAUGAAGUGCAUGGUUCCCCUAUUAGAAAUGUUCUGCAAUCCCCCGGAAGUAACUCUUUCAUGUCUCCUGGUCAUCAAAUUACUUCAAAAAGUCCAGUUGUUGCCAAGACUCGUUCGCUGAAUGAAAACUACGAACGAUCGCCAGCUCAUGUUAAAGUUGAUCCCCACAAUCAAAUGAUGGUACCUGGUGCAACUUUUCCUAGAUUUGGUCCGACGGCGCGGUUCCAACAAGGCGGUGGACCACCGACCUUGGUGCAACAGCCGAGAACACCUCCAAACAGAACUCCACCUCAUGCAACCAAUCACAUGGUCUCAAAUGAACAGCUUCAGCACUGGAAAAGUGUGUUCAUGCAUAACAGUCGGCCGGAAAGUGAGAUGGACCAGGAGCAAAUGCGGAUGCAACAUAUGCAAGCAGCAAUUCAUGACCAAGUUGUGUACGAGAAGCGUUAUCAGGAGUAUGCGAUGAGAACAAACAUGAUCCAAGGCCAGCAGCAUUCGCCCGCUGCGCAGGAACAAAUGAUCAUACGGACUGCUACGGAAUACGUUCGUCCGAAUUAUCAAAGGUCAUCAUCAGGCGCUAGUAGUGGAAUGUUGAGUCCUGGAAUGGCUCUAAUGCCUCCUCAGCAGCCUUCUCAAAUGUGGCAACCUCGAAUGGGACAACCUCAUUCCCCCGGCAGGUUCCCAUACGACGCUCCUCAUUUCAUGCAAGACUUCAUACCAUACUCACAACCGCAGAAUGCAAACAUUGAAGAUGGUUUUAUGAUAACAGGUAGUGGAUUGUCUCCUCAGCAUAAUUCUCCUGCGCUCCCGUCUGUCUCUAGUUUGUCGAGAGCUGUGCCCUCGGAUUUUUCACCGAGGAAAAAACAAGCUAUUGAGUAUCCCAGUUCUAUGCAAUCUCAAGGUCAAACUAAGAAUGAAAUGUUAGCUGCCGCGCCUUCAUGUGCAAUCGUUGAGCUGGGAAAUUCUUCUACCGAUGUUGACAGUCAGUACCGAAGGUCAACUUCAGAAGCUUCAGAUUCAAAUAUGCUGUCCAACAAUUCUCAUCAAAUUGAAUGGUCGUCGGGAUCUAUUGAUAAGCGUCCUAGAGGGAAAACAGCUCAGCCAGAGGUCAUCGAACUAGACGAAUCAAGUCGUCAUUGCCCCGCCGAUUGGUCGAAUGAAGCUGGUCAGCAACGACCGGCGAGUGCCGAGGAAACGGCCUUGGCAUGUGAACUCAUGCGAUCCGUAGACUCGGCUCAGGAUUUAUUUGAUGACAGGUUGAAGAGUGGCUCGAAUGAUUUAAUGUUGUUUCAGACUGUAGAUAACGUGCGUAUCUCUGAAGAAUCAAUCGAAAGGAGUUUGGAGAAAGGAGAUAAAUCUACUUAUUCAACGAAGCAACGGCGACAUAACAGGGAAAUGGUUGACAGUGGGAUCCCUGGAAGCUCUCGUAUCAAAAGAGACAAGAAAGGCAGAGAUGACAUGCAACAUGAUGAAUGGUGUGCAGUUUGCGCUGAUGGGGGAGAGCUGAUUUUGUGUGACACCUGUCCUAAGAUAUACCACUUGGAAUGUCACGUGCCAGCUUUGACCAGACCUCCUACUGGUGACUUCAGCUGCACACUGUGUCGUCAGUUCCCCACAGUAAUCCGAUCCAAGCUGAGUGCGGGCAAGCGGGCCAUGACCAAUGACGCCAAGAAGCUGUGUGAGAAGGUGUUGCUGCUUAUGUACACUAAGCCAGAGGGAGAGGACUUCCACAAGCCCGUUCCACUUGAGUACGAAGAAUACUACGAGGCAGUCUCGCAUCCAGUUGAUUUCUCUCACGUGCGGAAGAAGCUGGCUCAUUCGCCUACUAUUUCGCUCCUACGAGGAUACACGAGAGUCGGUGCGUUUUUAGAAGACAUGCGCAGAGUGUUCGACAAUGCGAUUUACUUCAACGGCUCGGAAAGCGAAUUGGGAAAAAUCGCAUGUAACUUUCUUCAGUAUUUUAGUAAGAAUUCGGUGGAAAUUUUGGGAUUUCAAGUCGGACCGUGCAGAACUGCACGUAGACCUGUACGUAGAGCUGCACUUAGAAAUGUAUCUGAUGAGAGUGAGGACGAAAAUGAUCGAAACAACGACGAUUCUCCUGAAUAUUGAUCCAUCACUCCAGUGAUCGAAAAAACUGUAAAACUUGAACUUGUUUCUGGAUAUAAUUCAUCAACAGUUUUAUUGUGAUGUGUUUUUUGCCGCUCUGUUUAAACUUCUUCUUGAAAUCUGUAACGGUAUCAAUCUCUAUUUUUGUAUAGAAAAUUCUUUAUUGGUUAAUAUUGGUAGAAUAUCUUCCCAUGGGUUAACUUAUCUGUUAAAGCAGCUUGCUCUCUAAAUUAAACGUUAUAUAAAAAAUAUAACGAGCGAUUUGGAUUUGUAAAUUAUAUUAUCUAAUUCUAAAAAUAUCA